AUGCCGCUUGGAACAUCGGCUAAAUUAGAUCGGAAGUUACUCAUAGCUACGACUAUCCUGCUUCACAAGGAGCAACUUGACGAAUAUUCGCUGGUCAAUAGCAGCAAGCGUGCUCCGGAAACAAAGACAGAAAAGAUAUUGCAACAGCUAUGGGCCGAUAUUCUCAAGAUUCCUAUUGAAUCAAUUGCGAGGGACGACAAUUUCCUCCAAAUUGGAGGCGACUCAAUGGCCGUUAUACGGCUCGUCUCUACUGCUCGUGAGAAUGGCUUAGGUCUCAGUGCAAGGGAAGUGUUCAAUGACGCUCGACUUCAUCAUGUGGCUGCCAAGGCUCAAACCUUGACCAAGAAGGAUUAUGAUGUCAAGUUCAUUGAGCCAUUUAGUAUGUUAACCCAGAGCCAUAUGGAAGCUCUCUUUACGCAUUGUUCGAAUGACAUGACCACAUUAUUUGACAAGGCAAGAGUGGAAGAUGCAUAUCCUUGCUCAAAGUUCCAAGAAGGUCUUUUGGCCCUAGCUGCCAAAAAUCCAUCUUCUUACAUUGCUAGGUUUCAUUAUCGCAUUUAUGAUGGAGUAGGUUUGAGCGAGUUCAAGGCUUCGUGGGAAAAGACUGUUAAAAUGUUUCCGAAUAUGCGAAGUCGAAUCACCCAUGUAGAUGGUACCUCUAUUCAAGUCAUUGUCAAAGAUUAUAUUAAUUGGGAUUCAACAGAUCAUUUAUCCCUAGAUGACUAUCUGGAGAGCCUGCGACACAUAAGGAUGGGAUACGACUCUCCGCUCUGUCGCUAUGGUCUAGUUGAGCAUACCGAUGGAAUUCAUUUUGUCUGGACUAUGCAUCAUGCCGUUUUUGAUGGAUGGACUAUACGUCUGAUUUCCAAAGCCUUGCAAAGCGUCUAUGAGGGCAUGAAAACAGUUCAAUCGCAGCCAUUUUCGCGAUUUAUUCGAUAUACUCUAGACCUUGACCACCAGUCAGCAAGCGAGUAUUGGUCUAGACAACUUCAUAAUGCUAAGAGGGCCACUUAUCCGGGUCGACUGAGUUCCAUGGAUCAAGAAAGGGGCACAAAUAACACAGGAUAUAUGGAUUUAGAGAUGAGUGUUCCUAAGCCUACUGCCAGCAUCACAAAAGCUACAAUGUUGCGUGCUGCCUGGGCAGUUGUACUCGCUCAUCGGUCUGAUACCAUGGAUGUUUGCUUUGGCACAACAGUCUCAGGCCGACAGGCCCCAGUGGUUGGAAUAACAGAGAUGCCGGGCCCUAUAAUUGCGACUGUUCCAGUUCGCAUUCAUCUACAGCAAAGUCAAAGUGUACUGUCUUUUCUUGAAAAUACUCAAGCACAAGCAUCUGAGAUGGUGGCAUUCGAACAAUUUGGCCUGCAUAAUAUUAGGAAGUUGAACGAUGAUGCAAAAGAUGCUUGCGACUUCUCUAGCCUGCUUGUAAUCCAGCCAAGGCAAAUUUUGUCACAGGGCAAUGAAGGCAGCGAAGCUCUUCUUAUCCCGCAAUCUGAUGACAAGGCAGACGAGGUUCUGGGAGGCUAUUUUACAUAUCCUCUCGUCAUUCAGGCUCACCUGCAUGAUUGUGGAGAUAGGCUCGUUUUCAUCUAUAAUAAGCUUGUUGUAGCUGAGCAGGAACUUGUCGCGCUUUCAAAUCAGUUCAAACAUAUCAUCACUCAGCUUGCUUCACAUCCUGAUACUUUACUGGAAGAUUUGUCGACUACGUCCGAUUGGGAUGUCGAACAGGCUCUCAAAUUUAAUCCCGAGGUUCCAGAAAUUAUAGACGCUUGCGUACAUGAGCUUAUCGAGGCACAGACCCGUCGCAAUCCAUCGGCUCCUGCAAUUUGCUCGUGGGAUAAAAAUCUCACGUAUAGUCAACUUAACGAGUCAGCAAAUCGUCUUGCCCAACAUCUUGUCAAGGCAUAUGCUGUCAAACCUGGAGAUUUCGUCCACGUGUGUUUUGAAAAGUCGGCAUGGCACUUUGUUUCUAUUCUUGCCAUUAACAAGGCUGGGGCUGCAUGGGUUCCCUUAGAUCCUUCGCACCCAGAGCAAAGGCUACGACAAGUGAUAGACCAGACGUGCUCUACGCUAACUUUAACAUCGGUACACAAUAUCAGUCUCUGUUCGAAGCUCACUGAAACUGUUCUUCAGGUUGAUGCCGCACUAGAUGAGUCAUUGGCCAUGAAAGAAGAUGGCGACAAGGGCCCAGAAAUAUCUGUUACCUCUAAUUUUGCUUCAUACGCGUUGUUUACGUCUGGCAGCACGGGCGUGGCGAAAUGCCUUGUCAUGGAACACCGUGCCGUUUGCACAAGCCAGAUGGCUAUUGCCAAAAGGCUCCGUCUGACCCCUCAGGUUAGGAUUUUACAAUUCGCAGCCUUUGUGUUUGAUCUCUCUAUAGGCGAAAUCAUUGGGCCACUUAUUACUGGAGCAUGCGUUUGCGUCCCGUCGGAGCACACAAGGCUAAACGGUCUGGAAGGUUUUAUAAAUGAACAGGAAAUCAGCUGGGCAUAUCUAACUCCCUCGUUUGUACGCACAGUUGAUCCUGACACAAUCAAUCUUGAGCUAUUAUUAUUAGCCGGUGAAGCAGUUCCGAGAGAUGUACUUAGCACCUGGUUUGGAAAGGUUCGCCUGGUCAAUGGAUGGGGCCCUGCUGAGACCUGUUGCUUUAGCACUCUCCACGAAUGGUCUUCUAUCAAUGAAUCACCUCUUAUCAUCGGCCGGCCUGUGGGAGGGUUCUGUUGGAUUGUUAGCCCGGAUAACCAUCAACGUCUUGUUCCUACUGGCACUUUGGGUGAAAUUGUUAUCCAGGGCCCUACCAUUCUUCGCGAAUAUUUGGCAGACAUUGGCCGUACAAACAUUUCAACUACAUCCUCGCUUCCUGGGUGGGCGCCUCGGCCAGAUUCGAAGCAUUGGAAUAGGUUCUAUAAAUCUGGUGAUCUUGGGUACUAUAACACUGAUGGCACAAUCGUUUUUAACGGCCGCAAGGACAGCCAAAUCAAGAUUCGCGGAUUGAGAGUUGAACUAGAGGAAAUUGAACAUUACAUACGCACGACUCUAGAGGGA